AUGGCUCAGUCUCAGUCUCAGUUUGCCAUGGUAACCAGCCACGAAAUUUCGAAAAUAAAUGAAGAGGCCAUACCAGACAACACUAAAAAAGCGACUAAAUUCAGUCUAGCAGUUUUCACAGGUAAAGCUUUGUCUGUUUAACCAUAGUUAUUAUAGGAGACUGGUUAUGAAAAGCGGCAAACAUCAAUGAUAAAAACAACAGUGCUGCAGUUUAUGUUGGAAGCACCCUGAAAGUGCACAAUCCUUUGUUUUCUGUUGGCAAAUUGUUACGGAAUAAAUUAAUGCAAUGUUUUCAUUGGUCAAUACAAUCAAAAUGAUAGGAAUUCUUUUUAACGUUGUGCACUUUCAGGUUCACAAAAACAUAUAACAAAGGAGUCUGACGGGUUUCAUAACCAUUCCACUCAAUUAACUAUGGUUUAAACUGAAUUUUAUUGAUGAAACGGGUGUAAAAGUUUUUUGUUUACAAAUGCAAAUUAUGUCUUGCGUUACUUUAUGUUAGCCGACAUGUAUAUAAAUAAGCUUACUUUUUUUACAGAAUGGUUUCAGAUGCAAGAAGAGUUCAAGACUCCCUUUGAGGAGACGUCACCAAUUCAGCUUAACAAAUGCCUUCAAAAAUUUUACUUAUCCGCACGAAAACAUGACGGCAGUUACUACAACAAAAAGUAG